AUGACUGCGCUUGUUGUACAGUCCUCUGCAUCAUGUUGGCGGGAUACAAUUUGCGUUUCCAGGACAGCUUCGUUUCCUGGUCCUUGGGAGAAAUACAUCUACGCCCCUGACUCGCGGCUGGUCUCCCCCGCCAAGAUCUUGAAUCCGGACCAUUCCUUGAUAUCAAUGUAUCCGGAGACGGUCAACUUAUCUUCAAAUGAAUCAUUGGUCAUUUAUGACUUCGGGAAAGAGGUAGGAGGAAUUGCUACUUUGAGUUAUCAGUCACGUGGUUCCGGUCAACUCGGUUUAUCAUUUUCCGAGGCCAGGAACUGGACUGGGUAUGUUUCUGACGACUCGAAUGGCAAAUACCAGACUGGGGCAGAUGGAGCUCUAUUUGUGCCUGUCACGAAUACUAGCCGUGGCAACUUUACGAUGUCAGACUCGAGUCUGCGUGGUGGAUUUCGCUAUCUUUCCUUGUUCACGACCAGCAACUCGACAUUCGAGGUGAACAUCACUGCAAUAUCACUUGAGCUUUCUUUUCAACCAACUUGGUCGGACUUGAGAGCAUAUGGAGGAUACUUUUCCUCGAAUGAUGAUCUACUCAACCGCAUCUGGUAUGCCGGUGCAUAUACGUUGCAGACGAACGCUAUCUCACCAAACACUGGAAGGGCUUAUCCACUACUUGACAACGGAUGGGCGAACAAUGCGAGUCUAGGGACUUCGGGUGCGAGUAUAUUUACAGAUGGCGCGAAAAGAGACAGAGCCACAUGGUCAGGCGACCUUGGUAUUGCUCUUCCAAGCGCUUUUGUAAGCACCGGUGACUUUGAGAGCGCCAAAAAUGCACUCCAGCUGCAAUUCGAUCUGCAGAAAUUCAAUGGAGAACUCCCAAUGGCGGGCCCGCCUCUCAGCUUCUAUGGCUCUGAUACAUAUCAUAUGUCAUCAAUUAUUGGAACAUAUGAGUACAUUGUCUAUAGUGGUGACACUGAGUUCUUGACACGGAAUUGGAGAAAGAUCAAGCUAGCUAUUCAAUUCGUCACUGCGAAGAUCGAUAGCACGGGCAUACUAUUCGCCCAAGGUGGUCACAAUACUCAAGCAAAUGCGUUGAUGUAUAAAACUUUGACAGCUGGAAGUGCUCUUGCCAACUGGACCGGUGACAAUAAUUUAGCGCGCAGGUGGAAAAGUCAAGCAGCCGUAUUGAAGAAUAAAAUUAAUGCGCCAGAUUCAUACAGGUACCCGCAAGAUGGCAACAGCCUAGCACUCUACUACGACAUGGCAAACUCUUCGAGCUACAAAAACAUUAGCGACUAUCUUUUCUCAAAUUGGGGUCUAAUUGGAGCCAGUUGUCCUGAAAUGGAGUUCAAUAUCGUACCUUUCAUCGAAAGCAUGGAAAUCAAAGGUCACUUCGCUGCUCAUCAAACUACUCGAGCCUUAGAUCUCAUCCGUCGCAGCUGGGGAUGGUACCUCAACAAUCCUUAUGGGACAGAAAGCACAUUCAUUGAAGGAUAUCUGGAAGAUGGGACAUUCGGGUAUCGUGCGAAUGCGGGAUACCAGAAUACAUAUUCAUACGUCUCACAUUCUCAUGGUUGGAGCACCGGACCAACACAUGCUUUGUCGACCUUUGUGGUGGGACUGCAACUUACCUCGCCUGGGGGCAAGACUUGGAUCAUUGCGCCUCAAUUUGGGGAUCUCAAGUCUGUUGAAGGGGGAUUCACGACUAACUUGGGGAAGUUCUCGGUGAAAUGGAUUCUGGUAGAUGACGGAUUCGUUCUGGAGUACAAUGUUCCGAGCACAACUUCUGGAAAGUUGAUCUUGCCUGCGUCGGUCGGUAAGACACCCAAAGUCAGAGUGAAUGGCGGGUUGUCUACUCAAACAACGUACGAUGUUUCAAGUGGAGUUGUCACAAUUGAGAAACAACCCGGUGGUGAGAGCCGGAUCCAAGUCUGGACUUGA